GAGCCCUUGUCUGCAGCCAGACACUUCGCCAAAAUUCCAGUGUUUGCGCAACGAAAGGAAGCUGCAGAGAGGAAAAACCAGAAAAAAAGGCAACUCAAUGCUAAAAACAGACUACAGAUCUCAUCAGAUAUAGAGAGAAGACAGACACUCUGGCUACAUCCAUGAACGGUUGAUAAUUUUCCUGAUAAACGUGAUAUUCAAUUUUGUUGCAACAAUGUCUUCUGUGUUGUCCUUUGGAUUUCUGUUGCUAUGCCUGUCAUUGAAACUGUUCCCAUGUGAAUCCAAACCAGGUGAGCUGCAUGAUUUGCCAACUGACACCAGCGAGAAACAUGACUGGUGUAAAUAUGUGGCCCGGAGCUGCAAAGAACUCAAAGACAAGCAUAAAGUUUCUGAAGAUGGCUUGUACUUCCUAACAACGGAGAGCGGGGUGGUCUACCAGACCUACUGUGAUAUGAGCACUGCUGGAGGUGGCUGGACGUUGGUGGCCAGUGUGCACGAGAACAACAUGUAUGGGAAAUGCACUGUAGGUGACCGCUGGUCUAGUCAGCAGGGCAAUGACAUCAACGUACCUAAUGGAGAUGGAAACUGGGCCAACACAGCCACAUUUGGAACUGCAGAAGCUGCUACUAGUGAUGACUACAAGAAUCCUGGGUAUUAUGACAUUUUGGCACAGGAUGUGUCUGUGUGGCAUAUUCCUAAUAAUGUUCAGCUAAAACAAUGGACCAGUUCUUCUAUCUUAGCCUACCACACUGAGAACCACUUUCUCCGCCUCCAUGGAGGAAAUCUUUUCAACUUAUUCAAGAAAUUCCCAGUGACCUAUGGAAUAGGAACUUGUCAUGUUGAUAACGGACCUACUGCCCCAGUGGUAUAUGAUACCGGAAAUGAAGCUUCUACCAAGAACUUUUAUGGUCCCAGUGCAAGAGGACAGUUUGAGACUGGCUACAUCGCUUUCAGAGUGUUUAACAAUGAGAAGGCAGCCAUGGCGAUCUGCUCUGGAGUCAGACCAACUGGCUGUGAUACAGAACAUUACUGUAUCGGUGGAGGAGGUCAUUUCCCAGAAGGUGCACCCAGACAGUGUGGAGAUUUCCCUGCUUUUGACUGGGAUGGAUACGGGACAAAUAGAGACUGGAGUGCGUCCCGAGAGAUCACUGAAGCUGCUGUGCUUCUUUUCUAUCGCUGAGACCCAAAUCACACAUUCAGCUUUCUCUUCUGCUUUUCUCUUUACUUAUUCGAAAAAUAUUAGAAUGUUGUUUUUAAUGCAGGAGAGAUGGAGGGGCAUCAUCUUGCCCUCCAAACAAUCGCUUCAGUCACUCUGGAUUUGACAUCGUCCUCAUUUGUUGCAUUACGAGAGAUUGAAGAGGCUCUGGAGCUUUAAGAUUGAGAUACAAUGAUCUCAAAGAUGUUUUUUUGCUGUUCAGACUAUCAAAAAUAGAUCAGGAUACAAGACUGGCAUGUCCAGAUGUGCUAUAGAGAUUAAUAAUGUGUGUUCUCCUUACUUAAAAUGGUUAAAACACAAGAGUAAAAAUCCAGCCCACUUUGAGACUUUAAACAUAAAGUUACACUUACUAUUCAGCGGACUCAGUCAACAGUUUUAGUCAAUACUGUAUCUGGAUAACCAACUUUGUUGAUUUAUUGGACUCAACAUUACAACAUUAUUUUUUGUUCUGUU